AUUCAACUGUGAAAAUGUGAAGUGAUUUUCAGUAUAAUGUGGUUUAAUCUGGAUAUAAAACCUGGCCCCUAGACCCUCCUAAACUAUUGCCACUCUGAACCUGACUGCAGAACCAAGCUGACACACACUGAAAAUAUGCCUAAAAAAGGAAUUCUUGAGAGACUGAGGGAUGGAGUUGUUAUUGGAGAUGGUGGCUUUGUAUUUGCCCUGGAGAAGAGAGGUUAUGUCAAGGCUGGACCAUGGACCCCUGAGGCUGCCUGUGAACACCCAGAGGCAGUUAAGCAACUUCACAGGGAGUUCUUGAGAGCAGGUUCAGAUGUCAUGCAAGCUUUCACAUUCUAUGCUAGUGAUGACAAACUUGAGAACAGGGGUCACUACGCUCAGAAGUCACUCACUGGCAAAUCCAUUAACAAGGCUGCCAGUAAGCUUGCCCGUGAUGUAGCCAAUGAGGGAGAUGCCCUUGUAGCUGGGGGCAUGUGCCAGACACCAACAUAUCUCAGUGGAAUUGGGAAGGAGGCAACACAGAAGAUGUUCCAAGUUCAACUGGAUGCCUUCAUUGAAGAAGAUGUAGACUUCCUCAUUUGUGAGUACUUUGAACAUGUUGAGGAGGCAGAGUGGGCUAUUGAAGUAUGUAAGAAGUCUGGCAAACCAGUGGCUGGUACUAUGUGUAUUGGGCCAGAGGGAGAUCUACAUGGUGUAACAGCAGGAGAGUGUGCAGUCAGACUUGCUAAAGCAGGUGCUGAUAUUGUUGGUGUAAACUGCCACUUUGAUCCCCAGAUAUCCCUAGAAUGUAUCAGUAAGAUGAAGGAGGGUCUUGAUGCCGCAGGUCUGAAACCUUAUCUCAUGGCCCAACCUCUGGCCUACCACACACCUGAUUGCAACAAACAGGGCUUCAUUGAUCUGCCAGAGUUCCCUUUUGCACUGGAACCACGUAUCUGCACCAGAUGGGACAUGCACAAAUAUGCAAGAGAUGCAUACAACCUUGGGGUGCGAUACAUUGGGGGCUGCUGUGGGUUUGAAGCAUAUCACGUAAGGGCAAUCGCAGAGGAGCUAGCUGAGGAGAGAGGGGCUAAGCCAGCAGGGUCAGAUAAACAUGGCAUGUGGGGACAGGAACUCAAGAUGCAUACUAAGCCCUGGGUUAGAGCAAGAGCAAAUAAAGAAUACUGGGAGACUACAAAGCCUGCCACUGGCAGACCUUACUCUGCCAGCAUGGCUAAGCCAGCAGGGUGGGGUAUCACCCAGGGCAAUGAGGAACUGAAGCAACAUGCAGAGGGAACAACCAGUGAUGAGCUGCAGCAUGUCAGAGAUAUUGCUUCAAGCAAGAAGUAAAUAACACUCUAUGUCCAUUUGGGAUCGUAGAACAUUCAAGACCCCAAGUGCAAACUUCAGACAUUAUUUAGCCCCAGGCCUGUUCAUAAUUGAACUUGUCUACUCUCACCCAAUAUACAGAAAUAUGGACCACAGUUUUGGUUCAUAGUACUCAUAUUACAAAAUGAAACUCAUUUUUUUAAAUAGAAGCACUGAAUGUUUUGUAUUUGAUAUAUGUAUGGUGUGUAGUGUAUGGUUUAUAUGUUGCUCAUGUCUAGUGAGAUACCUGUGAGUUAGAGUGACAGUUGUGUACAAACAGUUGUGUGUUUAUCAAUUAAUAAAGAACUGCUGUAUUAA